UCGCUCUUUCUCUCACAUAACACACAACCAUAGCUUGAGCUAGGCAUAGACAAAGAAAGAAAGAGAUAUAAAUAAAUGAAGGGGUUAUGGCAUAUGAUUUAUGAAACUGAGAUGCUGAGUAGUGGUAGUCUAUGAAGCCAAACCACCUCACCUAGAAGGGAUUCUUUGGAACUCGUGUAAGCUUUCGGAAAAAGUUUUGAAGUCGCCGGAAAAUAGUAACCUGAUCAGACUCGAAAAAUGGGAAGAGGAAAGAUUGAGAUCAAGAGGAUUGAGAACAACACUAAUAGGCAGGUGACCUUCUGCAAGAGAAGAAAUGGACUUCUCAAGAAAGCCUAUGAACUUUCGGUUCUCUGUGAUGCUGAAGUUGCACUCAUUGUUUUCUCUAGUCGCGGCCGCGUCUAUGAGUAUGCCAACAACAACAGCAUAAAGAGUACUAUAGACCGGUACAGGAAGGCAACCACAGAUGCUUCAAACAGUUGCUCCACUCAGGAGAUCAAUGCUCAAUUCUACCAGCAAGAAUCCAAGAAACUGCGCCAGCAAAUACAGAUGAUCCAGAAUUCCAACAGGCAUCUCAUGGGAGAAGGUUUAAGCUCCCUGAAUGUGAAGGAGCUGAAGCAGUUGGAGAACAGGCUUGAACGAGGCAUCUCAAGAAUCAGGUCAAAAAAGCAUGAAAUGAUACUUGCAGAGACUGAUACCCUGCAAAAGAGGGAAAUUCAGCUGGAACAGGAAAAUGCUUGUCUUAGAGCUAAGAUAGCAGAAAAUGAAAGGCUUCAGCAACUGAGCAUUGUGCCACCUGGGCAAGAAUACAACGAAAUGCAGGCUUAUCUGGCUAGGAAUUUGCUUCAACUCAACAUGAUGGAGGGUGUGCCUGUUUUUCAAGUCCCUGACAAGAAAUCUCUUCAACUCGGGUUGGAUCUAGUAGGUUAAUAGCUAGCUAGGUACCAGUUUUCUGUUCCAAGUUAAUCUUGGUAGACUCUACCUGAGAAGGUACCUCUUGGAGUUCAUAUAUUCGAAAUAAUUCGCAUUGACUUGCUUGUAAUAUUAUUAUUGCGACUACAACGAGACAAAGCAGAUUGACAAUUUAAAAUGGAACUAAUAGUUUGUGCAACUCGUGUGUGUUGAGUUGACCAUAUCAAUCGUUUUCUCUUUUGUUAAUGUUACUACUAGCUAGUAAUUAUCCAUACAUCUAUGAAUUACUCUCUCUCUUUCUCGUA